GGGGGUGACGUCAACUCGGCUGCAUCUAAAAUUUAAAUCACUCUCGAGUCUCUGACGGCGGGAGUGGAGUUGUGGGGGCAGGGGUGGAGAGGUCGCCGUAGCCAAAGACACCACGGUCCACGCAUCCGUGAGACACCCCAGGAACAACCGUCCAAGAAAACCAACAAACGACAAUGCCUCCCCUCCUGCCCACGCCUCUUUGCACCACCACCACCGCCAUCGCCAAUUCCGGCAGCGACGAUCUCCUGUGGGUGGCCUCGCCUCCCUGGUGCAACUCGUCGGACCUCGCGGAGCGCUCCCCGGUAGCGGGCCACUUCUCAGCGGGCACGGUCGCCUUCCUCGCCUUCCUGCACAUCUUCGGCCUCGUCGCCUUCGUCGGCAACUGCCUGGUCAUCUACCUGUUCGCCACGGCCGAGAUCCGGCAGAAGAACAUCUACUACUACUUCGUCAUCAACCUGUCCGUGUCGGACAUGCUCGUGGGCCUGGCGUUCCCCUUCGCGCUCGCCUCCAUCUACGCGCCCGCCCUGCGCACCUACGCGCACUGCGCUCUCUCGCUCUGCGUGCUCGGCGUGCUCGUCAUGGUCUCCCUCUCGCAGAUGUUCGUCAUCAGCCUGGACCAGUACGCCGCCGUGAGGUGCCCGCACGGCCACCGCCGCCUCGUCAACGCCUUCCGCGCCAAGGUGGCCAUCGCACUUGUGUGGCUGUACUCGGCCACCGUCGGAGUGCUCCCGUUCGCCGUGUGGGCGCGAGACGACACCGCGGGGGCGCCCACCACGUGCCACGUGGGCGCCGUCUUCCCCGGCGACGCGACGCGGAUGUACUUCGGGAGCACGUCCGUGGGAUACACGCCGCUCUUCCUGCUCACCGGCUACUUCUGCCUGGCGCUACUCGCCUCCGUGUCGCGACGCACGGGGCAGAUGCACGGCUCGGCGGGCAGCCGCUGGAACCGCGCUCGGCAGCAGCAGCAGCAGCAGCAAAGUCAUCAUCAGCAGGAGAAGCAGCAGCAGCAGCAGCAGCAGCAGCUCGCGUCGGCACUCACGCCGGGGGCAGGGUCCAGGCCGGCCGGCCUCUGCCGGGGGGGCAGCGCGAAGAGAAAGGGCAGCGGAGUGUCCGUGACGUCCGAGACGAGCAAGAGGGCGGCGCGUCCCGAGCGAGAGCACUCCAGCUCCUCCACCUUCGAGAUGUCCUCGGCGGACACGGAGCGCACGGCUCAGAGCAGCGAGGACGCGGCGGCGGCGGCGGCGGUGGCGGCGGUGGCGGCGGCGGCGGCGAGCGGAGCCGCCUCGGCGAGCGACGCGAGGGCCGACGAGGAGGUGAAGGCGGACGCGCUGAAGCCGGGCGGCGGCGGCGGCGGCGGCCUCAGCGGCGGCGGCGCCAGCGGUUGCGGCCGUAGGGGCACGUCGGGUCGCGGGCGCACGUACCGCAGGGCGGCCGUGACGCUGAGCAUCGUGGCCGCCUUCUUCCUCGUGUGCCUCACGCCGUCCCUGCUGCUCGCGCUGUACAACUCGGCGCGGGACGCGACCCGCUUCUCGGCGGGACGCAUGGUCGCCUCGGUGCUGGUGUGCGUGAACUCGGCGGUGAACCCGCUCAUCUACGCGCUGCGCAUGAACAAGCUUCGCGAGCGUCUCUACGCGUGCUGCUUGCGCCGCGGGCAGCGUUCGCGUCGAGGCCUCGACAGCGUGGAGGACGAGAGGAGUCCAUCCUCGUAGACGCGCGCGGGGCCGAACUUCUUUCGCGCCGUACGUCAGGCGACCGUUGAUGGUCGGAGGCUCGCGCGCGCGCGCGGGGGUGGGGUGGGGGGGGGGGGAGGGGCAAGGACCACAAACUGAAGACAAAAAGAUGAGUUGUUCAAAUGUAGAUGAUGUUUCAAAGUGACAUAGCUCCUCGGUGGCUUCCUAAUAUGGGGGAAGGAAGAGCGUGGCGGACCGCCGCAGAGGCGCGUCUGAGCGUCUGAGCGUCUGAAAGCGCCACGCGACGCGGUGACCGCCGUCUUCGUUCGAUGUCUGAGCCAGAAGCCGCCGCCGCUGCUGCCAGGAUGGGCGCAGCUCACGUGAUGAUGGUUUUUGCUCCAUUUCGACAACAACAACAGCAGCAGCAGCAGCAGCAGCGUCUUUUUCAUCGGUGGCGUCCGGGCUAUGCCUUCUUUGCGCGUAUUGUUAGCCGAUAACCACGCUCGCAUCCAUCCUACGGGGGUUUGAGACACGCACACAACUUUGUCGGAGGGCGUCUCCACAAUGCGAGCCACGGCCACGUGGAUGUGGAAAAGCCACGAGGAGGAGGAGGAGGAGGAGGACCAUCCCGCGGCGGUGUUCACUGCGCAAAUCGCGGACCGUUCUCCCGCAUUCAAUCGGAGGUCACGCUGUCAAGGAACCAUCCCGCUCAUCAUCAUCACCACCACCACCAUCACGUUCCGUGGGGCCAGAUAGCCCCGUAGGUGUCCACUGCACAUUUCGUCAAUUGUUGUUGACACUUUCCUCUCUGUCUCGUAGUGCCAAUAUGCUCCAUAAGUGGCCACAAGUUUUGUUGUUGUUUGGCCCCAAUCUGUUUACAUGGUCGUCAUCAAGCCAGGCCCUCUUAGGUCUCCCUCUCUCUCCGGUUCCUUCCAUUUUUUCAAACAACAACAACACCACCACGACACUUUUAAGCGCCCCGCGUAGAUUUUUGUAAUUUCCUAGGACCCACGUUUUUUUUUUUCUUCUCUUGGGGGCUCUUCCCAAUUGCGCAAUCGGCUCCUUGCAUUGCAAGAUACGAAGACAAUGCCAUGGAUAGUUCUCGGAGCGAGUGGAGACUCAUCACCCGCCCCCUCCGGGACUACCUUUUUUUUUCAUGAAACACACACACACACACAGCGAGGUGGCGUGAUGGGGAACACGACCCAGCGCCUCCUGACACCGGUCGCGUUCACCGCGCAGGAGAUCAAAACCACCCGCACAGUGCUUCGGCGCUCACAGCUGGACUCGCGGCCUCAAUGAAGAGAAAAUCAAGUCGGUCACCCCUCGGGUUUCACCUGCGCGCAACCAUUAGCGACCCGCCUCGCGACGCAAUCGCCCAUCAAUGUUUUGAGACCCGCAGAGAAGGCGAGACGAUGACAAAUUGUGGGGAGGUGGUGGGUGGGGGGGGGGGAGAGUCCCAUCAGAGGCGGUGAUCAACACUCCGUGUUUACAUCGUACCGCGUUCGACUUGUCCCGCCCCAUCCGCGAGCGUGCACAUUGUGGCGCGUGCGCGUUGUGACGCGUGCGCAUUGUGACGCGUGCGCAUUGUGACGCAACCGCAUGACGUGAGGAGCGGAGAGAUGGUGGUGGGGGGAAAGGGAUGCCCCCGAUUGUACCGUGACCUCACGUAGGAAGUCCCGGUGAGUGAGGGUAACCCCCCCCCGCCACUCCCCUCCCUCCACCCACCUCCCCCACCGCAAACAGCCCCGCCCCCGCGCCCUGGUAUAACAGAGGCACGAAUCGCGAGCGAUGAUUCUGUUUUGACAGCUCGUCACCUCACUCGACUCCUCCUCUGCGUUUAAAGGAUUUGGCGCAUCGGGAUGAUUGAGUCUCGCCUCUGCGUUCGCAA